AUGGAGGAGGCGCUGCUCUCCACCCCCAUCAACCCCAACAACUUCCCCGCAAAGCUGUGGCGGCUGGUGAACAGCCCCCGGUACCGCUCGAUCCGCUGGGACGGCCGCGGUGAGGGGCUGCUCAUCGACCAGCCGCUCUUCGAGGCCGAGCUGCUCAGCCCGCCCGGGGCGGGGGCCGGGGGCGGCGGCGGCGGCGGCGGGGCCGGGGGCGGCGGCGGCGGCGGGGUCGCCGGCCUGGGGGGCGCCGGGGCCGAGCCCGAGCUCUUCAAAACCACCAACUUCACCAGCUUCAUCCGCCAGCUCAACCUCUACGGCUUCCGCAAGGUGGUGCUGGGCGGGCCGGGCGCGGCGGGGCCCGGGCCGGGGCCGGGGGGCGGCGGGCCGGCGGGCGACGGGCCGCUCCACCACUUCCACAGCCCGCACUUCCGCCGCGACCAGCCGCAGCUGCUCGUGCACCUCAAAAGGCUCACCAGCGCCAACAAGGCCAAGCUGGCGGCCGGCCUGGAGGUGCCCUGCCGCCCGCCCAACCGCUUCCAGAGGCUCCUCAUCACGUCGGCCUCGGCCUCGGCCUCCACCUCCCCGCUGCAGCACCAGGAGCCGCCGCCGUCGCCCUCGGGGCCCCGGCCGGAGACGCAGGGACCAGUGGCUGUAGGACAAUUUCACCGGUCGUUCCGGCGAGAUAGUCUGUCUCCUUACUCCUACGUAUCAACUUCAUCCCACAACCACAGUACUUUUCCUCUGAAAGGUUUAGAUCGGACCCCGAUCCCUCCUAGAACAUGGCAGAACUCUCUUGGAAUGCACCCAGGACAAGUGGAAACGUCUCCCACUUUUUCAGAUAAAGGGGUUCCAUUUCCUGUACUACAGAGGUUUCCAACUGAGGUCACGUAUACCCUGCAGCCCAGUGCCACAUCCGUACACGUUCAGCAAGGUCCUCAAACAAUGGUCAGCUCCUCCCAAAAAUACAGUAACUACACACCCUCAGCGCAGUACUCCCAAGCCUACUAUCCAACAGCCGUGCUGCAGUGCUGCUCGCCUUCCACGCACAUGGACGCGCUCAGUAGUUGUGUCAGCCCCACUGCCUCUUCCUACGCACACUGCAACUACUUUCAGAAUCCUCCAAUGCAGUCUUCCUAUCCAGUUGAAUUUCUGCCUUCUAAUUGGCCUUGCAGUGCUACUGAUGAAAAUAAAAAGACAGAAGUAAACCUAGAGGCUGUUUUUCAGAUAGUAGAUGAGUUGCAUUCCUCCCCUAAAUUGGAGAUGGUCAAGGUGGAGCCCGUUGAGAAUCAGUGCUCAACAUCCCAGUCUAGUAGAGGCCAACAUAUCCUAGCUAAUUCAAACAACAGCAAUCCAUCUUCCACAAGUCAGGCUAGCCAGCUGGAGCCACUUACUCCUGUAGGUUCAGAUAUUACGUCUUUUGUGGUCGGAACAGAACAGGCAAUUACCUGCUCUCUACCACAGUCACCUGAGUACAUCUAUACCAUCCACCCAGCUCAGCCUGUUGAAAAUACUACAAUGCAAGAGUCUGCAAUCAACCAGCAAGCUCACAUCAAACUGAAGGAGCAGCUGAGUCAUAAUCCAUCGCCAUCUUCAGUAGUGUUUGUGCAGGAAGGGCUACCAUUCAGCACACACCAGGUGGAUGCCAGUAUAAAAUGCCAGACCAAUCCACCUGAGAAUAUCUUGCCUUCAGAACAAAUGGGAUUCCUUAUUUCCGAAAUGGGGCCUGCUAGCAAGCCUAGUAAAGACAUGGGUUUAUCCACUCCAGCCAGAUACAGAGAGCGAAGAAGCAACUCACAGCAAGGAAAGUCCCCUGAUCUUCAUCUGCUGGUGGAUGUUGCCUGCAAGCAGGAACACUUUCCAAAGGAGGAAGAAUUAAAAGAGUGAGGAAUGGAUGACAAAUGUGACAUCGUGCACUAGCUGUAGCUGGAGGCAGGCUAGCCUUGCGCGUGACACACUGUUGGGGUUUUUUCAGUUCUGUUAAGGAAAAAAAAAGUAUUUUUGUUUUGUUAAUUGAGAAUUUUGUUAAUUGAGAAUUGGGAAUUUGAUAUUUACUACAGCUGUUCAGUUCAAUGGUUUACCUUGACAAACUACAAAACAUCUAGCAGUCUUCUUUUUUGUUUGUUUGCUGCUCAGAUCCCUUUCAAAUGAAAAGUCCUGGCCUUCUGUUACCAUCAAGAAGCAUCUAAAAACAGCUGCGUGUAUGGUCCCGGAGAAUACUCUGUGUGUGAGUGUGCCGAUUUGUCGUCUUGCCACUUUCAAACAGU